AUGGCAACUCCCUCAGCUGCGCGCCUGGCGCCUGAGACAGAUGUCAACCGUCGCACCUCCCUCGGCUUCCUCCGUCGUUCUAAAUCCACCGAACCCCUGGGCGAGCACAAAUUCUCUGGUAAUCGCAAAAAGAUGUCCAAAGCUAUGGAGGAGGAGAUGCGCCGUCAGCGCGAAUCUUACGCUCCAAAAGUCCCUCCCCGCUUGCCUGAUCUUUCCCCCACCCCCCAACUGGAAACCUUUGGAGGCGAGGAACGUGACAAGAUUGCCGAUCCCACUCCACCCCGCCCACAGUCUGGAUUCGCUGCAUCGCCUACUAUGGCUGGAUCAUCCCCCAGCGCAAUCGAUCCAUAUGCCCGCACGGAGAGCAUGACCCAUCGCGGCCGCUACAGCUAUGCCAGCAGCGCCGUCAGCACUGUCAACAGCCCCCGCCGUGUUCGCCGUCGCAAGGAUCCCACAUCUUACAAUGUGCUUGUCAUCGGUGCCCGCAACUCAGGCAAAACCUCGUUCCUCAACUUCCUGCGGAGUGCCCUCACCAUGCCCGCGCAUAAGCACCCGUCGCGCACUCCCGAGGAGAUCGAGGAACUUGAACGCCAAACCACUACCUGGGAGGGAUUCACGGCACAAUAUCUGGAGACAGAGUUUGACGGAGAACGUGUCGGCCUUACUCUGUGGGACUCUGUCGGUCUCGAGCGGGAUAUCGCAGACCUUCAGCUACGUGGCGUGACAGGCUUUUUGGAGAGCAAAUUUGAGGAGACCUUGGCCGAGGAGAUGAAGGUCGUUCGCUCUCCCGGCGCCCGUGAUACCCACAUCCACUGCACUUUCUUGCUUCUGGACCCUGUGCGUCUUGAUGAGAACAUCGCCAUGGCAGAGCGUGCUGCCAACGGCACUUCCAAGCCGACCGAUGCGCCCGUCGUUGGAAUUCUCGACCAGAACCUCGAUCUGCAGGUCUUGCGCACCGUGUUGGGCAAGACCACCGUUGUGCCGGUUAUCAGCAAAGCGGACACGAUUACCUCGGCACACAUGAGCUAUCUUCGCAAGGCGGUUUGGAACAGCUUGAAGCAGGCCAAUAUCGACCCCCUUGAGAUCUUGACAUUGGAGGACCAGGAGGAAUACAGCUCGUCGGAAAGUGCCGACGAAGAGGAAACCGUAGAGCCCGAGACCAAACCCGAGUCUGAAGCUGCAGAAGGCAGCGAAGCGAAGGAGACCGCAACCGACGACAAAGUUCGCCGCUCGCCGUCACAACUGAGCGAGGGCACUCGCCAUUCCACCGCCUCGCAGGCCACCAACCAGCACGUUCCGUUCUCUAUCCUGUCUCCCGACCCUCAUUCGUUGGCCGCUGGAGACAAGCCUGUCGGACGUCGAUUCCCUUGGGGCUUUGCAGACCCCUAUGAUGCUGAACAUUGCGAUUUUGUACGCCUGAAGGACUCCGUUUUCUCCGACUGGCGCACCGAGUUGCGAGAGGCUAGCCGCGUUAUCUGGUAUGAGCGCUGGAGAACCAACCGCCUCAACCGCAACGGACAGUCCCCCCAAAUCCAGAAGCAAAACAAUGGCCGUAUGGGACCCCGUGAUGGCCGUCGCACACGAUAG